AUGGAAACUAUCAACCUGAAAAGCCUCUCAGGAGUGGCCAAGGCCUUGGGUUUAGCACUUUGCUUGGCUGGAAUCAUGACCAUCGCCUUCUACACAGGCCCCCAUCUAAAUCCCUUGAUCCAUUAUCACCCCUUGGGCCACAAAACAAGCUCCACCAGCCAUGGACCUGCCCAUUCAAAGCAGAACUGGAUGAAAGGAUCCUUCAUCAUGGUCACUGCUACCACAACUUGGUCUUUUGCGCUUGUUGUCCAGGGAAUUUUAUUAAAUGAGUACCCUUCAAAGCUUCUUCUUACGACACUCCAAUGCCUUUUCAGCACAGUUCAGUCUUUCUUUGUUGCCAUGAUAUUUGAGAGAGACAUAUCGAGAUGGAAGAUAGGCUUAGAUAUCGGGCUGCUUGCUAUCUUAUAUUCUGGAUUUGUUGUUAGUGGUGUUUCCUUCUACUUGCAAACUUGGUGCAUCAACAAGAAGGGCCCUGUUUUCCUAGCCAUGUCCACCCCAUUGGCCCUUAUUUUCACCAUAAUUUGUUCAUCAUUUUUCUUAGGCGAGCUGAUCUAUUUGGGAAGUCUCCUAGGUGGAGUUUUGAUGGUCGGAGGCCUGUAUACUGUUCUGUGGGGAAAAGGCAAGGAGGAUAUGAUAUGUGAGUCGAUGAACGAAGACGCAAAGAAUAGCGUGGAGGAGAGAGGAGCCACAUCACCAUGUCACCCAGUUUGA